AUGUUCCGGAAUUUUGUGAAACCCGCGGCCUACGAAAAGAUCAGCGUGAGGGAUUCUAACGGCGAGAGCGAAGACUCGAUUCCCGAUUUAUCUCCGAAAUCUGGCCAGGUCACCGUUGGUGGUCGCCAACCUCAAGCAUUCACAGCAGAAGGCAAGACGCCUAUUCCGUCUACGACUAAAGAUAUGAAAAUAUCACAAAUGAGUUUCCAAAACUCGUCUCACAAUAAAAGUAUGCAUACAACGUCUAUAUAUGUCAAUGGUACAGUUUCAACGGCCAAAAGUUCGGCGAGUUUCAAGACACCUUAUAGUGACAAUUUUCAACAGCAGUAUGGAAAUGAGCAGCAAGAAGUAACUCACUAUCAGCGAUCUACCACACGGAACAAUAUACAAAGACAGUCUGAAGGACAAAAGCGACAGUCUGGUAAUUUUGAUGAGCGAGUUCGUCUUUCUAAUGGUAUUACUAACAUGCAGAUACGACCCUCUCAUGGUGUUUUGGAUGAGCGACAGCAGCCCUCUUGUGGCCAUGAGAAUGAACGACAACGUCGAGCCAAUUUUUCCAAUGAUGUACAGAGACAGCAGUCAAAAGAUCCAAAUUAUGAGCCAAGUCGGUUAUCAAAAGGUCUACCAGAUGGCCAGAAACCGCCACAUAAUGGCUAUAAUGAUGAGGCAAAGAGGCUGAACAGUGGUCAAAACGAUGCCCAAAAACGGAUGUCUAGUGAUCUUGAUUCUUUCGAUAAACAAACAAGACAGGUUUGUGGAGAUAACGAUGACUAUAGCCAGGCAUACAGUAGCCAACGUGAAGGAAAUAACAGACUAUCUAGCAGUUCUUUUGCCCAAAAGAAUCGACCGUAUUCAGGAGCUAGUGAUGAGAACCAACUGUAUGCUGGAUUUAACAAUGAUCAAAUCCGGCUUUAUAAUGGACUUGGCGAACAAAAGGGACUUUAUAAAGACAUUCAGAACAGAGCUUCAUGUGGUUCUGUUUCAUGGGAUCUUUCCCAAAGAAACUAUGAACAGAGCAACUCUUUCCCUGUAAGAGGUAAUCAACAACCUCCCACAAGAAUGACUUCAGGUGAAGAAAAGCGGCUAACUCCGGUCUCAGCCAUCCCCGUAGAAGCAGAUCAUAGUACCAAGGAACCAAGUCUUCUAGCAAACGAAGCUGGAAAAGCUCAGGACCUUCAUCGACGUGGACUUUAUUACCAGUCACAGUACAACGUGGUUCCUCCUCCACCUCCUCUGUUCGAAUCUGCAUUUGCAGGCCUCAGGGAUAUUCGCAACCCGUCCUCGUUCCACGAGAAACAGAUCGUCAGUGUCAAAGGAACGGUCCGAGGCUUCAAGAACAGAGUGCGAGCUGGGAUAGCAACUUUCUGGGCGCAGUCUGAGGACAAG